AUGUUUGAUCAAUAUCAGUCUGUUUUAGAUGAGUAUGUUAAGUUAGGAUUUAUUGAGGAGGUAAAAUUAGAAGAUAACUCCUUUGAUCCAGUUGAUGUCAUUAAUCAUUAUUUACCUCACCACCCAGUUUUCAAGGAAUCUGCUACGACUCCAAUUAGGAUAGUUUUCAACGCAAGUAGUAAGGAGUCACACCAUGCAAAGUCCCUCAAUGAUUGUUUAUAUACGGGACCUAAUCUGGCGACGAAAUUGACAGAUAUGCUGCUGGAAUUUCGUCAGAACAAAUAUGCUGUAGUAGCAGACAUAAGUAAAGCUUUCCUUAGAAUAGGAAUUAAUGAAAAUCACCGAGAUUUCACAAGAUUCUUAUGGUUUGCUGAUAGAGAUUUUAAGCAUGUCAAGACUUUUAGAUUUAAGGUUUUAUUGUUUGGAGCUACUUGUUCACCUUUUCUGUUGAAUCAGACAAUACAGUAUCAUUUGCAAAACCAUUCAGAUCCCAUCGCCAGCUCAGUCAAGAAGUCCUUUUAUGUGGAUAACUUUAUGAAAACUUAUGAGAAAUGUGAAGAUUUAGAACUCGAGAGUAAUAAGGUAAACCAAAUUAUGUUGGAAGCUAAUAUGCCUUUGGGAGAAUGGGCUAGCAAUUUGAGUUCAUUUAAUGAUAAACAUAGCCCAGAUACUGUUAACUUGAAUGCAGUAAAACUACUCGGUCUCUUGUGGGAUACCUGUAAUGACUCAUUGAGUGUAAAGAUACCUUCUCAGAUUGUUACAUAUUUGAAUAAUCUAGGAAAUGUUUGUACUUUGACUAAGAGAAAGGUUGUGUCUCUCCUUUCAACCAUCUUUGAUCCUUUGGGAAUAUUAACGCCUGUAACAAUCAAGGGAAAACUAUUUGUGAAGAAAUUGUGGGAACUGAAAACUGACUGGGAUGACGAACUGAUGAUGGAUUUAAAGAAAGAGUUCGAUGAAUUGUUAAACCAACUCAAUUCUAUUGAGGAGAUCAAAGUCCCUAGAUCUUGUUUUAAUGAAGGAACUUGUAGCUUACAUGUAUUUGUUGAUGCCUCUCACGUGGCUUAUGGAGCCUGUGCGUAUGUUGUUAGCAGUAAGCACACAAGUCACUUGCUAAUUAGUAAGUCUCGAGUAGCCCCGAGCCCUUCACUCACUAUUCCCCGUCAAGAAUUACUUGCUUUGAUUAUAGGCAUGCGCCUAGCUGUUCAUUUGCUAGAGAUUUUUGGGGAUAAAUUUUCAGAUUGUACUGUUUGGAGUGACUCCCAAGUAGCGUUGAGUUGGGUAUUUUAUGAAAGAUCUAAAGAAGUGCGUUUAAUCAACAGAGUAAAGGAAAUCAAGGACUUGAAGUCCAGUCAUAACAUCAGGUUGUUAUAUGUUAAGAGCGAGGAUAAUCCUGCUGAUUUAGUUACACGAGGUAUUUCAAUGUCUCUUUUGAGUAAGUCAGGUUUGUGGUUUCAUGGCCCGACCUGGAUUAUUAACAAAAAUAAGUUUCCAGAACAAGAGGAUGUAGUUUACAUAGAGUCUGUUAAUGUAAAUGAAAUUAUUGUAGAACCAGUUUUGAGAGACCCUGAUGAUGAUGUACUUGUAUUUAAAUGUUCUGAGUUCUCCUCAUUGAAACACGCAUUAAGGAUUGUAGGUAGAUUGAUCUUGUUUGGGAGAAGAAUAUUUCCUGAUAAAUUCAGGGAAAGUAAUAAUUUACUUGUUUUAAUCAGAAGCAUGCAGCGUCAAGCUUUUCCAACGCUAUAUUAUGCGUUGACUAAUGGGUCACAAACCAGUUCUAGUGUUCCCUCUGAGUUAAGGAAUCUUAUCAGACAAUUAGGACUUUAUGUUGAUGAAAGUGGUGUCAUUCGGUGCCAAGGAAGACUUCAUAAUGCAGAAUUGCCAGAAUUCGCUAAGCAUCCAGUAUACGUCGCCAGCCGACACCCCUUAUGGCAACUUAUAAUGUCUCAUUAUCACAUACUCAACUUGCACUGCAACACGAAUACACUUGUGGUUAUAUUGAGACAACAGUUUUGGGCUGGAAAAAUGAGACAGUCCGUUAAGAAGAUCCUGAAAGAGGGCUUAUUGUGUAAGAAAGCACAAAAUCAACCUCUAAGUCUGCCUGGAUUUCCCCCAUUACCACCCGAACGAGUUAAGCAUCAAGUCCCUUUUUCCUGUGUUGGCGUCGACUAUACGGGAAACAUUAAUGUGUCUGAAAAUGAAGCUGAGAACGAGAAGGCGUAUGUCUUGUUGUUUACAUGCGCUACGUCAAGAGCAGUUGCCCUAUAUGUGUGCAAAUCCAUGAAUGCACAAGAAUUCCUCUUUGUUUUUAGACAAUUCGCGGCAAGACACGGACUUCCGAAAGUUUUAAUAAGUGAUAAUGCGCCAAACUUCAUUGCAGCCAGUAAGUUUCUAAGAGAUAUCAGCGAAGAGCCCGAAGUAAGAAAUUAUCUGACGGAUCAUAAUUUAGAAUGGAAGUUCAUAACACCCCGAUCACCUUGGAAAAGGCGGCUUUUACGAGAGACUGAUCGGAGUGGUGAAAUCGUGCUUACAAAGGGCCCUGUACAGAAAAAGAGUCUCGUUUAUAGAACUCAAUACCAUCGUCGCCGAAGCCGAGAACAUCAUCAAUAA